CACUUCCCACACCACCACCGGUCCACCACACAAAUAAAAAAACGAAAAAACAACAAAAAACAGAAAACCAGCAAAAGAGAGAGAGAGAGAGAAAAAAAAUGGGGUCGACGGCGAAAAACAUCGGCGGCUCAACAAUGGCAGAUCCAUCCUCCGGCGAGGAGGAGGCCUUCCUGUUCGCCAUGCAGCUGGCGAGCGCCUCCGUACUCCCGAUGGUCCUCAAGUCCGCCAUCGAGCUCGACCUGCUCGAGCUGAUCCGCCGGGCCGGCGACGGCGCGUGGGUCUCGCCGGCGGAUCUCGCCGCCCAGCUCCCCACCGCCAACCCGGAGGCGAACGUCAUGCUCGACCGGAUCCUCCGGCUGCUCGCGACCUACUCCGUUCUGAACUGCCGCCUGAGGCCGCUCCCCGACGGCGGCACCGAGCGGCUGUAUGGGCUGGCGCCGGUUUGCAAGUUCCUGACGAGGAACGAGGACGGCGUCUCCAUGGCGGCGCUCCUUCUCAUGAAUCAGGAUAAGGUUCUCAUGGAGAGCUGGUACCAUUUGAAAGAUGCAGUCUUAGAAGGUGGAAUUCCCUUCAACAAAGCAUAUGGGAUGACUGCAUUUGAAUACCAUGGCACAGAUUUAAGAUUCAACAAAGUGUUUAACCAAGGAAUGUCAAAUCACUCCACUAUAGUAAUGAAGAAAAUUCUGGAAAUAUAUGAUGGUUUUGUGGGGCUUGAGACUGUUGUGGAUGUUGGUGGAGGGACAGGUGCCACCCUGGAUAUGAUAGUGUCCAAAUACCCAUCCAUUAAGGGCAUCAAUUUUGAUUUGCCACAUGUUGUUGAUGAUGCCCCAUCUUAUCCAGGCAUUAAGCAUGUUGGUGGUGACAUGUUUGUGAGUGUACCUAAAGGAGAUGCUAUUUUCAUGAAGUGGAUUUGCCACGAUUGGAGUGACGAGCAUUGCCUGAAGUUCUUGAAAAAUUGCUACGAAGCCCUUCCAGAAAAAGGGAAAGUAAUCCUAGCCGAGUGCAUUCUGCCGGAGGCUCCGGAUACCGGGCUUGCCACGAAGAAUGUGGUCCAUAUUGAUGUGAUAAUGUUGGCCCAUAACCCGGGCGGCAAAGAAAGGACGGAAAAGGAAUUUCAGACCCUGGCUAAAGGGGCUGGCUUUAAAGGGUUUAACAAAGUGUGUUGUGCUUACAAUUCAUGGAUAAUGGAGCUUCUCAAAUGAGGGAUAUAUCGAUGUAAAAAAAAAAAAAAAUGGACAUGAUAUGAGUCUUUUGGGGGAGGGUGUUUGAUUUCGUAUUUUUCUUUCAUUUUUCAUUGUUGUUGUCAUUUAAAUUGAAAAAUAGUUAAGUAUACUGGAGCAAUUUUCCCCCCCACCUAUGCCCAAAAAAAAAAUAAAAAAAUGAAAUGGUAUAUUCUCCGUACCCGUUUGUUAUUCCACUUGUUUGGUGAAUAAUAAAAAUAGUUAUUUUUUGUUCAAAUUUUCUGGCUGGAGGCUUCCUUGGUUAUCAAU